AUGGACAUUAAAAGUGCCUGUUUUCUUUUGCUCUGUAUUCCGCUCGCAUGCGCCAAAUUCAAGAGCCCUACCGAUCCUCAAUUCAGUGACGAUGAAACCGACUACGACAGCCCUAAUGGAAUCGAUUACUAUGACGUCAAAGAUCAUCCUAUGCUGAAAGGAGAAUGGGAAUCCUAUCGGAAAAUCAAACCUGGUGGAUUACUGUCGAAUUCCGGACCGUCUGGCAGCCAAAAAAACACCGUUGCGUAUGAUUCAAGAUCUCCAAUGACAACCAGGCCUACAGGUAGAUUAAGAAAAAUCAACAGAUGCAAACAAUCAACGCCGAUCCCACGUACCGCAUUACCCAACUUUACCACAACAAAACUGCCGUGGCGUAGAGAACGCGGCCGUAUCAUAAUCGACGGAUCCGAUCCAAAUACGGACUUGUCCAAGAUAAUGAAGCAAGCACGCCAACCAACACGUGCUUCGAAAGCCACCCCGCGCCUGACAAUGAGGGACAUUGUUGGCAAUGAAAUCAAACCGGAAACGGCAACGAAUCGGUUUCUCGUUAUGGGAACCGUGAGAGGAUGUCGCGAGGUCAAACGGGAAACUCACGAGCACAUCUUCAAGAAUACUGUGGCAAGCAAUCCGAAUCCUACGAUAGCGGGACUGACAGCAGAGAUUCCUCCGGAGAUUACGUACUCCAUAACACAUCAGUUCGAAUCGCUUCCGACGGGUGGCAAGGAGUUUAGGUUUCAGACCACCGACGAUGAUCAUGGCUACAUCAAGCUGAGGUGGUAUAGUUGCCCUGCGAGGAGGACUGGCUAGAUUGUUCUUUGGAUAGACACUUUAUUGCACGUUGGAUGUUUAAGAUAAAACGGUUACAGAAAAUUAAAUGGCUAAUUGGAGACUAAAUAACCGUCUUCCUUUACUGCAUUUUUUGAUUUCUGAACAGGCACACCUCGGAUGUUCCAUGUACUGCUCAGAAAUUCUAUUAAA